AUUAUUUAUAUAAAGUAUUGGGCCAACCCUCAAAAUCAUGUGAUUCAGGUGUUCCAAUCCCCUCCACGGUCACAGGUGUAUGAAAUCAAGCCCCUAGGCAUGCAGACUGCUUCUACAAACAUUGGUGAAAGAAUUGGUCGCUCUCAGGAGCUCAGUGACUCCAAGCGUGGUCCCGUGAUAGGUUGUCACCUGUGCAACAAGUCCAUCCAGUCAAUAGCUAAAGACCUCCAAACUUGGUGUGGCCUUCAGAUUAGCACAACAACAGUGCGUAGAGAGCUUCAUGGAAUGGGUUUCCAUGGC